AGAAGAGUUCUUGUUUUGUAUCUCAGUUUCUCUCUUUUUUUUACACAAAUUCAAUUUAAACAAAUUAAGAAAUAAAACAGACAAACUGGACGCUAUCCAAUGUAGGCUUAUGAAAUAGUUAGGGUAGUAAUUGUACCGGGUAUCCUGUACCGAUUUGGGGUGUUUGAAAAUAUUUAUUUAAAUAAUUUGUGUGGAGAGAAGGACUACUGCUCAAGUGAGUAGAGGAGGGCUGACCGUAUUCUUGGACUCUCAGAGCAGCUGAGUGGAUCAAUGAUGGAAUUACAAACGUUACAGGAGGCGCUGAAAGUGGAAAUACAAGUUCACCAGAAACUGGUUGCUCAGAUGAAGCAAGAUCCUCAGAAUGCUGAUUUAAAGAAACAACUCCAUGAACUCCAGGCCAAGAUAACCGCUCUGAGUGAGAAACAGAAAAAGGUGGUGGAGCAGCUGAGGAAGGAUCUGAUGGUGAAGCAGGAGCCGGAGCUGAAGCUGCAGCUGCAGACCUCUCAGAGCGCCGACACUAAACACCUGCUGCAGCCGGCCACCACUCACAACACCGGGGUACAGCAGAAGACGUUGACGGUCACCCCGGUGCUCACCGCUAAGACGCUACCUCUCGUGCUGAAAGCUGCCACCACAACAAUGCCUGCUUCGGCCGCCGGCCAGUGUCCCACCGUCGCCAUGGUUACUGCCAUAAGCAGCAUGCCCAAACCUGCGGUCAACUCCGACUCCCAGGCCACGCCCAUCAACCUGCAGAUGGCCAGCAAACUGCCCAAUCAGGGCUCAGAUCCGGUCCGCAUCAUCUCCAAGAACGCCAUCGUGGUGCAGGCCGCCACCACCACCUCGGCCCAGCCAAUCAAAGUUCCUCAGUUUGUCCCUCCUGCUAGAGCCACGCCGCGGCCCACCUACCUGCCUCAGGUGAGGCCGAAACCUCCCAUGCCCAACAACGUGCCCAUCGCCCCCGCCCCUGCUUCAGCUCCGCCCCCGCCCAUGGUGGCCGCGCCUCCCCAGCUGCUGCAGCGGCCAAUCAUGCUGGCCACCAAGAUAAGCCCCGCCUCCCUGUCACAGACCACACCCAUCCACCAGGUGCGCAUCGUCAACGGCCAGCCCUGCGCCGCCCUCGCCAAGACCACGCCCACCGGACAGGUGACUGGCAUCGUCAUCAGUGCGCCUGCAUCCACUCUUCAGAUCAGUAGCCUCACCACAGAUGCAAAGACUGUUAAACUCCACGGGGGGUCUGAGCAGGUGCCGGCGACUCCGCCCUCUUCCACGCCCCCAUCUCUGCCUGCAGCCAAACCCACGCGCGAGGAGAACCCUCAGAAACUUGCCUUCAUGGUGUCUCUGGGCCUAGUGACGCACGACCACCUGGAAGAGAUCCAGAGCAGGAGACAGGAGCGCAAGAGGAGAACAACCGCCAACCCGGUGUACAGCGGAGCGGUGUUUGAGCCAGAGAGGAAGAAGAGUGCGGUGACGUACCUGAACACGCCCCUCCACCAGGGCACCAGGAAGAGAGGUCGCCCUCCCAAAUACAGCAGCGUCCCGGACGUGAGCGCGCUCCCCCCGCGCUCCCCCUCCGGCUGCCGCCCCGCCUCCCUAGCCCCCGAGCGGCUCGACGCGGGGGGGCCCCCUCACCCCGCACACCCCCACACCCUCCCUCUGCCCCCCCCCAGCUCAGGGGAUGGAGACAUCCAUGAGGACUUCUGUGCCGUGUGCAGACGCAGCGGCCAGUUGCUCAUGUGCGACACCUGCUCCCGCGUCUACCACCUGCCCUGCCUGGACCCGCCCCUCAAACACAUUCCCAAGGGCAUGUGGAUCUGCCCCAAAUGCCAAGACCAGAUUCUCAAAAAAGAAGACGCCAUUCCUUGGCCAGGGACUCUGGCUAUUGUCCAUUCCUAUAUUGCAUACAAAGAAGCUAAAGAAGAGGAGAAACAGAAGCUGUUGAAGUGGAGCACGGAGCUGAAGCUCGAGAGGGAACAGCUGGAGCAGCGAGUCAAGCAGCUCACCAGCUCCAUCACGAAAUGCAUGGAGACCAAGAACACCAUCCUGGCUCGGCAGAAGGAUAUGCACUCCUCGCUGGAGAAGGUGAAGCAUCUCAUUGCCCUCAUCCAGAGCUUUGAGCGCAACCAGACUCUGGAGUCUGAAACCUCCCUACCGGUCACAGAGGAAUCAUCCUUAAAGACCUCUGAACUCGUCACGGACGAAUCAUCCUUAAAGACCUCUGAACUCGUCACGGACGAAUCAUCCUUAAAGACCUCCCAACUCGUCACGGACGAAUCCUCCAGGGUGGGCCCUGUGGUCAAGAUGGAGGAGGCCUCUGAGGUCAAGAUGGAUGUCACCUCUGAGGUCAAGAUGGAGGUCGCCUCUGAGGUCAAGAUGGAUGUCGCCUCAGAGGUCAAGAUGGAGGUCGCCUCAGAGGUCAAGAUGGAGGUCAUCUCUGAGGUCAUUGCUGGGGUAUCAAAAGGUGCCCCAGUUGAGCCCAAUUCUGAGGUUGAGGUUGAAGCUGAUUCUAAAGAACAACCUAGUUCUGUUGUGGGGUCCAGUGCAGAAGUGGAACCUAGUUCUGUCGUGGGGAUCAGUGAUGUCGUGGAACCUAGUUCUGAUGUUGGGUCCAGUUCUGUGAAGGAACCCAGUUCUGAUGUUGGGUCCAGUUCUGUGGUGGAACCUAGUUCUGAUGUUGGGUCCAGUUCUGUGAAGGAACCCAGUUCUGAUGUUGGGUCCAGUUCUGUGGUGGAACCCAGUUCUGAUGUUGGGUCCAGUUCUGUGGUGGACCCUGCACCUGAGAUAACAGCCGGUUCUGAGGCACAAGUGGGUUCAAAAGUUGAGCUGAGUCCUGCAGCAGCGGCGGCAGCAGCGGCCGGGUCCGAGGUGGCGGCCCAGUCUGGAUGUGGGCCGGAGGACGGAGCCCAUGGAGCCCCAGACCCCAGCAGACCAGCAGAGCCCACGGACGUCCCCGCCAACGGAGACACAGACUCUCACAGCGAGGGCAUGGCGCACAGCCACCCGUGUGCUGCCCAGGCCGAGGCCAACGCAACCCUGCUGCCCAGCAACGGCACGGCGGGUACAGGGGCGCCGGGGGAAGUGGCGCAGGAAGCAGAGCAGGUGGCGCAGGAAGCUGAGCAGGGGCAGAACGGCUCCAGCAACGGCAAAAUGUCCGAAGGCUCCCAGGAGCCUGUCCAGCCUGCUCCUCACAACCAAACGGAGUCCCCUAAAUAACACGCACCUACUCACCCACAUCACACAGAACUCCACUGCACCCAGGACUGCUGUGCUAUGUUGCCAAUCUCUCUAUAUAUAAAUAUAAAUAUAUAUAAUGAAUAUAUGGACACUUUUUGUUCUUUCUGGUUGGACUGUAUUGUAAAGCUGUGUCAGCAGCACAUUUAAGAGUGGUUGGGAGGCCUGGAGGAUGCAGACCGCAGCACCCCAUGCUUGAUUGGGCAAGGGCCAUGCCAGUCUGUCAUGCCAACCUCUCCCCAGAGGGAGGUGCUGAGUUACCCGGUCAGGGGCAUCCUACCAGCGUGUGCCUGCAGUGGUGAACCCUGGAACUAGGGACUCGCCCAGAAACAUGUGGAACUAGGGACUCGCCCAGAAACAUGUGGAACUAGGGACUCGCCCAGAAACAUGUGGAAUUAAUCCUUCAGUCAGUCUUUCCUGGAGGAUUUAGGAACUGGCUAGCAGGAUGGCAGCGUUAACUUUUCAGCCACUCCUGUGGUGUUUAGGGACUGGCUGGCAGGUUAGUGAAGUUAUCCUUUUGGUCACCCCUGAAGGCUUUAGGGACUGGCAAAGGCUGGUCUUCUAUCCUUGUGGUGGUAGUUCCCAGACAACCCAAAGCCUGCCUGCUGUCCCCAUGGCCCUGUGUUUCCUAAACCAAAAGAUCUCUGUCCACAGACAGGAACGCAUCAGUAUUUAGCCCAGUGUUCAACAGCAGGGGGCGCUCUCAACACCUCGGCUGAGCGGCCGACAGACAUGACAUGACACAAGGAGAGUUGAGGGAAAGCAGAGGUUUCCGCCAGUGAGGAGCAGAGAACAGCAACUUGGGGCAACACAUGGGAGACCUGGGAGAACAUGUGGUAGCUUAGUCUUUUUUUAAAAAAGAAAGAAAAAUGAAAAAAGGAAAACAAACAAUCCGGUGUUGGUCCUGUGUAGUGAACAUGUGUCGUGUGUGAAGUGGUGUGUGUCAGUCCUGAGCGCUACAUGUGGCCAGUUGCAGCUUUGCAGUGUCAAUCUGUCACAAUAUGACAUCACAAUAUGACACCUUGUCCUUUUCUGGGGAGUAUUUCUUUUUUUACAUAAAGGUGGAAAAAUAUGCAGGUCUUCCUAGUCUUCAGAAAUACAAGUGCUUUUUUUCUGUUUGAUAAGUCAUUUAUUUUGAAAGGUGUUGACUGGUACAGUUUCUGCAGGCUGGUCUACUGGAGGCCUCGAGAUCAGGCCUCAGAAGAAGGCUUCUGCUGGUGUCUGAACUGCCAAAUAUUUUUGUAUCCGAGUGUAAAAGGGACAUGUUAUUUUCUAAGGACUGGGUCAGUCAAUAGGAAUCCCCAUGUAAAUGCCUGUGAAUGUUGCACUGGCAUCGCUAACAACAAACGUGCUUUCCAAGUUUCCAUCUUAUUAGAUGGAGAUUUCGAUGGUAGAAGUAGGGGCGCAAAUAUUGCAACAAUCUUUGAAACUAAAGCACAAGCUUGUCCGGAAAAAAAAAAAGUUGGUGAGAGGGAGAUCUCAGACACACUUGAACAUGUUCUUUGUUAUGGCGUUUGCUUCGAGUGUGUAUGUGUCUGAGUGGACCUGUUUGUCAUUUUUGUAACUUGUUCUGAGCUUGCCAAGAUAUCCUCCAUGUCCUUAAAGAGGUGAGAGGCCUUGUCCCGACAGUAGCCCCACAUGCAGAAAAUACUCCUGACUUCAGACACACAUGCAGAAAAAAUGAUGGAUGUUAGUGCUGACAUCAGUCCACCAUGCAGGAAAUAGACUUGAUGUUAGUGCUGACAUCAGUCCACCAUGCAGGACAUAGACUUGAUGUUGGUGCUGACAUCAGUCCACCAUGCAGGACAUAGACUUGAUGUUGGUGCUGACAUCAGUCCACCAUGCAGGAAAUAGACUUGAUGUUAGUGCUGACAUCAGUCCACCAUGCAGGAAGUAGACUUGAUGUUGGUGCUGACAUCAGUCCACCAUGCAGGAAAUAGACUUGAUGUUAGUGCUGACAUCAGUCCACCAUGCAGGAAGUAGACUUGAUGUUGGUGCUGACAUCAGUCCACCAUGCAGGACAUAGACUUGAUGUUGGUCCUGAUGUAGUCCACUGUGCAGAACAUCCUCCUUGUCCUGACUACUGCAGUGUGUGGAGAGUGCAGCUGACAGCAGUCCUUGACGUUAGUCUCCUCCUGAUAGUCUUGCGUGAGUCUCUGCUCCACACCUGCAGAGUGCAGCUGACAGCUGCUCCUGAUGCUAGUCUGCUCUUGACAGUGUGUGAGUACUUGAGUCUUAUAAAACUGCUCCUGACGCUAGUUUUGAUGUUCGGCCUAGUUACGUGUGCAGAGAACAGAGCUGCUCUGCUCUGCAGUAUGAGUCUAUGGUCCCUCCCCUCUCCUUCUGCUCCCACAACUGAUCUCUGAAGAUGUCCCCACGGAAUGAUCAACAUUAGUCAUGAAUUGCUAAAAAUAGAUUGAUAAAUAUCAGACUUUACGAGGCCCUUCGUUUGGGAUUACCUGAUCCUUUUAUUCCACAAUUUGGACAUCUCAAGAUGGCUAAAUGAUUCCCUCCAAGCACUUAAACGCAACAGCAAAUAUCCCUAUCUAGUGGUUGUGCCAGAAGUUGGUGAUGUUAUGUCUGCCUGUUUCUUUUGUCAGCAUCCUGAUUUGACAACUUGUGGAUUUAUUUUUGUCACGGCACAGCUGGUGGUGUGUAUCAUGUUUACAUUAACCCAUGACCAAUUAACCCAUGACCAAUUAACAUAUCUAAAAAGAAAAUAUUUGAUCCAGAGAGAAGUUGGGGACCAAAUGAUGGCCAAUAUGGUUUUCAUUUCUCUCAAAAUACCAUUUGGAGCAGGUUCUUAAUUGCACAAUUAAAAGCAUUAGUAAGAGAUGAAACCAACUGGAAUUUAGAGACUUGUCAAGUCAGUAUGGACGGACCUUUGGUUUAGUCUGUAUGGACGGACCUUUGGUUUAGUCUGUAUGGACGGACCUUUGGUUUAGUCUGUAUGGACGGACCUUUGGUUUAGUCUGUAUGGACGGACCUUUGGUUUAGUUUGUAUGGACGGACCUUUGGUUUAGGUGUCUGGUAGUUAUCUGGUCGGACCCGUUGACUGGAGAUUUGUGCUGUUCGUGGUCGUUAGUGUUUGUGUGUGUGUGUGAUGGCAGGUGAGUGAGUGGCUGCAGUACAGUACUGUGAAACGACAUCUUCAUCUCACACACACGCUGGCCCAAUACGAGGCUCUCAUCUCACACACACGCUGGCCCAAUACGAGGCUUUCUCAUGUCCAAUCACACGCUGGCCCAAUACGAGGCUUUCUCAUGUCCAAUCAAGUCUUUUGUUGUCCCACUCCACCCCUCUGAACCCUCACGUUCUGACCAGGAGGAACCCUCAUGUUCUCACCAGGAGGAACCCUCACGUUCUCACUUGGAAGAAUUUAUUCCACGUUUAGGUACCCAGAGUGCCUUUCCUCGCUCCCUCGUUUUUUCCAGCUGCACUGUGACCGUCAUCAUGGCUUCUCCGAACAGCUCUGACCCCCUGCACCCCCCCGGCACCCCCAGAACCCCCCGGCCAGUGGAGCGAAGACGUUAAAGCACAACAGCAGGUCCACACGCCAGCGCGUGGGCAAGCAAUGGAACACACACACACACACACACACACACACACACACACACACACACACACACACACACACACCACAACAGCAGGACCACACGCCAGUGCGUGGGCAAGCAAUGGAACACACACACACACACACACCCACACACACACACACACACACCACAACAGCAGGACCACACGCCAGUGCGUGGGCAAGCAAUGGACGCUUUCACUAGGAGUUCUGCAGCAGAGGUGUAAUUGUAUUGUUAGGGGUUUGGUUUAAGUUCAUUGAAACUGCCUUAAGUUGUUUUUAUCCAUGGUGAGAUGUUGUCCAAACUUUACACAAUUGAGAUGGCUUAAGAGUCUUAACCUGUGGCUGGGGUGAAGGUGAAGGUGACAGAGGUGCUUAACUUAAGCCACCAUCUCUCCAAUUUGCAAGAUCAAACUCAAGUGUGAACAUUUUUGAAAGUGGAAACCACUAAUUCAUGUAGAUAAUUUACCUUCAUUUACGCACUUUUUAUACCCCAGGUAUUUUAGUUUGUCUCCCUUGGAAGCGCUGCCCUUCCGCGAUGUAGACUUAAAUCAGGGAGUUUGAUUCCAUCUCAUCCUCAGGACCCUAGAUGAGUCCCCUACCCCUCCACCCUAUAUGAGAGCCCUACCCCUCCACCCUAGAUGAGUCCCCUACCCCUCCACACCUGCAGCCUGUGGAGGACCGUAGAUGAGUCCCCUACCCCUCCACACCUGCAGCCUGUGGAGGACCCUAGAUGAGUCCCCUACCCCUCCACUCUAGAUGAGUCCCCUACCCCUCCACACCUGCAGCCUGUGGAGGACCCUAGAUGAGAGCCCUACCCCUCCACCCUAGAUGAGAGCCCUACCCCUCUACACCUGCAGCCUGUGGAGGACCCUAGAUGAGAGCCCUACCCCUCCACACCUGGAGUCUCAUAUCAGCGCUCUGAGUCGCCUUCAUCUCCGCGCUCCUCACUUGCACAUUCUUUUGGAGUAACUUUGAUUUGGAAUCAGGUGAACUGAGUUCAGGCUUGGAAGGAUCAAAUCAGACUGCUUAUUGAUUGGACAAACCUGUUGUACCUGGGGCUCCAUCUGUCCAAUCAGGAACUCUGAGAGCAUGCCUUUUUAUGCAAGUGUUUUAUAUAAUUGUUUUCAGGUUUCUUUGUUUUGGAUAUGCAUUUUACAUUUGUGUUUGUAAAGCUUUAUGCAAAAUUGUCAUUUUAUUCUUUUCAAUACACAUUCUGGCAGUGUAAUGCCAAUUCCAAAAUGUUGACAACAGACUUGCAUCUCCUCCAGAGCAUUACGAUUUUAAAAUGAACAAAUAAAACUGAAGACAUUACAUCUGUGGAACCCCAAGGCUGGGAGGUGUGACCUCAGAUCCUGCCCCUGAGCUGUGCUGGCCAGACGCUGGGUGGAGGCUGCCUUGGCUGAUGUUCAAGCUGAAUG